CAGCACUGAUUGGUCAGCAGGUAUAUUUGACAGCUCUGUUUGACAACGUGAAACUCAUGAACUGUGGUUGCUCAUGUCUUCGUCAAAAAGAUGAACAGCAUCCCCUUUAAAUAAUCAUAACUGUCCAAUUUAGUAAAUACAAUACAAAAACCCACAGUUGUCCUGGAAAAAAGCAACGACGUGCGUGCGUGUUGGUUAAGUGACGUCUGGGUCCCAGAAUGCAGUCUGGUAAACAGACAUGGAAGCACCUGGUGAAGACCUCCACAGUCAGUGAACAUUGCAUUCGUUAUUUUUCACGAUCUUCGUUCUUUGAUAUCCACUUUACUCAACUGAUUUGUCUCUGUCUGGAGUCACAUUUGCACCUCCAGCGACCAGGACCUUGAUCUUUCUAGAUUAACGGCCGGUGAUAACGCAAACGGAUGAGGAUCUACUGAUUGAGAGAAGAUUGAGUUCCCUUUUCACAUUUGACAAGCGGAAAAAAUGUCGGAAAGGACCGAUGAUGACGUCAGGGGGGAGCAGCGCAGAGCGGCCAGGCAGCUGAAGCAGCAACAGCAGCAGAUCCAGCGGGGAGAAAGCUCCACAGCAAUGGCGACUGUUGCGGAGCGCAGAUCCCUACCUAGUCCAGAAAUAAUGUUGGGACAGCCUUGGAGCAACUGGGUCGAUGCUGCCAAACUACACGGCAACGACGGUGCUGAAUCGGAGGAAAGUUUUAAAGAGUUCGGGAAAAAUCGAGAAGCCAUGCGGUUGUGCAGAGACGACAUGCCCAUAUUUGGCCAGUGUCCUGCUCAAGAUGACUUCUACCUGGUCAUGUGCAGCCAUUGCAGUCAGGUGGUGAAACCACAGGCCUUCCAAGCACAUUACGAGAGAAGACACAGCUCGGCCAGCAAGCCUCCCUCAACCUUAGCCCAGUCCUCUGCCUUCUCCCUGUCAGCCCUGCCCAGGAACAGAGCCAGCGGGGCAGGGAGCGGGCCGGGGGCCGGGAGCGGGCCGGGGGCUGGGGGCGUUCUGGGCCGUACCUCCUCCAGCGGGACCAGUGUCUCCAACUCCAAACUCCUCAAACCAGCCAAAGAGAAGCUGCCAGGCAUCCAGCGCAGGCCCCACUUCCCCCCAUUCCGGGUGCUGCCUGAUAAAAUCCCUGCAGUCAACGUGGAGAAGAUGCAUCUGAAAGUGGACUCGUCUGCCAAGCUUAUACAGGCCCCUCUGGCCCCGCCCUCCUCCUUCACCUCCUCCAGCGCCACUGUGAGCUCCUCCUCCUCGCCCAUCAAGCCAGGCCUUAACUGCUCCUCCAUACCAAAGGCUCCCCAGCUGACCCCUAGCCAGAUCCCCAACGGCAAGGGCCACCUCUCCCUGUCCGUGCCCAGUCUGGAGAAGAAGCAGGACAACAGUGCCAGUAGCAGACGUCACCUCUACAAGAGACUGUCAGAACGGGAGUUCAAUCCAGACAUCCACUGUGGGGUUCUGGAUAUGACUGCUCGGAAGCCAUGCACAAGAUCUCUAACAUGCAAGACACAUUCCUUAAGCCAGCGGAGGGCAGUGUUGGGCCGGAGGAAGCGCUUCGACACGCUACUGGCCGAGCACAAGAGCAAAGCCAGAGAGCGGGAACUUCAGCACCCCCAGCCCCAGCAGCCCCCCCCUCUCAGGGAGCCCCACCCCUCCCCCUCCCGCCUCGCUGCCCACGACACCCACCAAGUGGCCCACGGCAACGGUGCCAGCGACGCCACCAAGCCUCUCCCGCUCUGCAAACCCAAACCUCACAAUCCUGGUCUUCCACGACUGAACAGCAGCAUCUCUCACGGAGGGGGGGGUGGCCCGGGGGAUCCCCCUCUGUUCCACGAGUCACCCCACCACCCCACCCCGGCCACCGACGGGGUGUCGCGGCCCUCCAGUGACGAGGGGGAGAACGAGGAGAGGGAGGAGGGAUCGGACAGACUGGACUGUCACUAUUCAGGUUAUCACCCUCGGCCGGCCUCUUAUUGCUCCUUUGGAAGCCACCUGUUUGGGAGAAGCUGUUACUCCUUCGACCGGCGCUGGGACCGCGUGCGAUGUGCGCUCACAGCCAUGAUGGACAAGCAUGUCAACUCUCAGAUGUGGAAGAAAAUCCCUUUGGCCUUGGAGAACUCCUCCUCCGUCUCCUCGUCUGUGCCGGCCCACAGGACAAGCACAAACUCCCAUGGUAGCAUCCCUCCCUCAGGCUUCCUCAGCCCUCCCGUGGCCCCCCCGCCCCCUUCCUACGCCCAGUCCUACGACGGCAAGUUGGCGCUCUCGUACGGGACCACCUUAAACGCCCGAGCUUCCCCGCAGGGCGGGAGCGAGCACCCGGCCUACGGCAGCGUGCAGGCCAGACAAGUGUCUUCGUCGCCGCAGAUGCCUUCAGCCCACUCCUCCUCUGUCCCGCCGGGCCGGGCGCUGAAGUCGCGCUCGGGCAGCAAGUCGUCUUUCAGGCCCAGGGAGUCCUCCUCGGCCUCCUCCACACCUGCCAUAUCGAACUCCGCCAGCGGGGGCAGCGCUGGGGCCAACAGCAACGCUGGCUUCAGCUCGGGGAAGAAGAGGAAGAACAGCUCCCUCCUCAGUUCAUCUCAAGGCCCGUACAACCAAGACUCGUCCCCCAACGCCGCCUCAUCCUUCAAGAAGAACUGUGCAAACACCACCACGGGAAGCUCAGGUAGCACUUACCACCACGCCUCGCUCGCCCCCCCCUCCUCCUCCUCGUCUCACAGCGGCGUCCACAGCGUGGGGCUGAACUGCGGGCCCACCGUGCGGACCAACUCCCUCAGCCUGAAGGCCGAGCCCUCGGGGGGGUCGGCGGGGGCGUCUGGCCCCUCGGCGCGGGGACCCCCCUCCGGCAGCCCGGCCGAGUCCAUCAAGAGGAUGAGCGUAGUCAUGAACAGCAGCGACUCCACGCUCUCGUUGGGGCCCUUCGUCCACCACCAAUCAGAUCACCACACGGCCUUCAGCCACGCCCACCACACGGAUGGACGCCUUGAGGGAAAGAAGCGUAAGGGGUCUCCUGCGACCAGCUCCCUCAACAGUGGAGGAGGAGGAGGAGCGGGCGGCCUGGGGGGAGGAGUCGGUGGGGCGGGGCCAGGAAGGCCCAAGGUGGCCAAGUCCCCCGCCAUCAACAAUAUCCACGGCAAACAUGGCCGCACAAUCCCAGGAGCCCCAGGGCUGCCCAACAACUCCCUCAUUCAUCAGCCUAAGGCCCGUCCCUGACAGCGGUGGCUGUGUUCUCUGUAUGGAACCUCGGGCUGAGACCAGAACCAGGGCUGAGGCCGGGGCUGAGGCUGAGGCCAGGACCAGGGCUGAGGCUGAGGCCAGGGCCAGGGAGCAGCAGCAGGCGGAGACUGUACGAGGCCUUCUAAAUCUGCGUUACUCUCAGCUUCCCAUGAUCCUCAGGGUGGAGAUGAUCUGGACAGCCCAGUGACGUCAUCGUGGAACAUUUUCUCCCAAAGCCAUGUGAGGGUGCUAUGAGGGGCGUUGGGGCAGCGUAGACCCCUGUCAGUGUUGUAGUGUGACACCUUCCUGUGGGGAGGAGGAAGGAGCAGUCGGCCCUCAGACCUCAAGCCUGCGUUCCGGGGUUUCAGGAAGAAGGGCUGGCACAAGAACGACUGGGAGUGACUGGAGAUCCAACACACCAAUCUCUUCCGUGUGUGUGUGUGUGUGUGUGUGUGUGUACGCAAGUGCGUGUGAUGUCAGAUUCUGCUGGACUACUGGAAAUUCUAACUAACACCCCCAGCGCCUGAUCUCAGAGGCCUUGGAGAGGGCAGGAGGAGUAGAAACUGUCAGUUGCAACACUUCAAAUACAAUCACGGUUAUUCCUUUCUAUUAGUCUGAAUCAUGGCGACAUGUGAAUACGUAACCUGAGGUUAUGUAGAGUAGCCAGAAGCAGAUCCAGUCAUUGGUCUGUGACACAAAUAAUUAUGCAAGUGUUACCUUUUUUUGUUUGAUAUUAGCUUUUUCUUUUUUGCUAAAAUUGAACUACACAAAUUCUUUGUAGAAAUAAGGAGGCCAGUCCAUUGUGUGUAGACAUGGGGCAGACAGACAGUUUUGCAUGCAAAUGUGGAAAAAGGAUGUUGAAUCUUGACAUGUAUUUCUUUUAACUUUAGUCAAAGAGGAAUAGCUAGUUUUUAAGGAUGUGUUUUCCUAAAACUUUUCAUUUCUGAAGAGCCACAACAGUCCUACUCCCAACUGUGAACAGCACUAAACCCACUACUUAGUUUGAAGAAGUUUAACCAAGUUGUGCUUACUUGCCCUUUAUGUUAGCCAAAGGCAGCCAUCCAUUUCAGUGACUUUAGUGUGUAACCACUAACAAGGUGCCCUACCACAUGAUAUCUAAUGACACUACAUUGUCUGGUUGCGUUCAGUUUUUGUCUGACGGCCAUUGACCGGGCUUCUGGUCUGUAGAACAAGACGUAACAUCACACCAGUCAUAGCUGUCCGGGUUUUGACAUGUCUUCACAGUUGUGUGAUUGUUGAGUGUAUGGGGUUAAGUCUUGUCAGGUCAGACAGCCAGACAGAUUUCUGUCUUAAUCUGGUCACACAUGCACCCUGUCUUUCUGAGCUGGUCUUUCCUGGAGGCAAGUGGUGUUUUGGUGCGAGAUUCAUGGAGAUGGCUUCAGAUUGGGUUACUAACUGAUAGUAUCUCUAGUCAAUUUCUAUUACGCCACUGAUGUCAGACAGAAAACACAGCAGAGGAGACAAGUGUUUUAUAUCUUACUUUAGACUUUUUCUUAUGUAUUGAACAAAUACUGAAGUAUCCCUAUUUGAGAAUACAUAUUUUUUAUUCGAAUUGUACAUAUUGGAAUAUGUAUUUUUGCACAGGAAUUUUCUUACACACAAUUUUUGGUACAAUUAAGAUCCUUAUUAUUUAUUUAGUAAAUUAGGUGACAAGUUUAAAAACCUGUUUAUUUGAAGUGGUUCACUGCCAAGUCUGUAAUGCAAUACGUCUCUUAACUAGAGAUUGAAGCAUCUCAUGAAUCAUGUACUGAUCUCCUGUAUAAAGGUGAAGGGGUUGUCUCUGUGGCAUGAGAGUUUGACAGAAGACAUUAUUUACAUUGUUCAAGGUGUCACCUGUGCUUUUACUAUUAAGUUGCCUCUGAAUCAAAAACAUUAUUUUUUAUUUUUUUUGUGACCCACAUAGCCUGUUAUGCCCCGAGGCUAAAGCGUGGUUGUUUUCUAACCAAUUUCCAUGGAGUCGGUCAUUCACUUUGUUGAAGACGAUUUAAAACAUUUCACAAUUGAAACACUUAUUUUCCUUGAAGGCUGAAGGGAUUAAAGCAAUCACUAAAGAAAGGAAGAUGGAACACUUCAAACAGUGUGACUGCUUGCCUCAUUGUUGCCAAACAUUGUAAUUUGAAUCACAGCUUUUUAAAGAAAUUCUUAGUUUGCCGCUUUUAGAAAAUAAUAAAAUAAGUGCCUGAAUUUGUUUCUCACCGACUGUUUAAGGACAGCUUUGUCGUUUUUAAGUUUUACCUUACUUGAAUGUUCAAAGUGUUUUAGGAGCUUGCUUUUCAAAUCUGCCUAUGAACUCUAAAUGUGGUCAAACCUGUCAGCUAGCUGUUUAGCAACAGUGUUAUUUUUAUUUUAUCAAAGUUUUCCAUGAUGAGAGAAGUCUAGAUUUCUAGGCAGACCUGAGCUUGCUGACUUUCCUAGGUCUACUAUAAUUUGUUGGUCACAGGUUUAGUUUUGUUUACCCUUGAACUCCACUGACAACUCUUGACCUUGUUUUCAUGUAAUGGAAACGUUGCAAAGAUUUUUUAUAUAUAUAUUAUCCAUCAAGCACCAUAUACUUGGAAUGUGAAAGUGAGAGAACACAACUUGCUUGUGGGAGGAAAUUCCCAAGUAUAUACUUCUAUGUAAAAGCGUGUAUAGAUGAUUUUCCUUUUUUGUAUACAUUAUCAAAAUAAUUUGAUCAGCUGGACUUCUGUGUAUUGGCUGCUACGUAAUUCAUGAACAAAACAUGUUAGGUUAGAUUUACUUAAUAUUUAAAGAAAAAGAUUGUAUAGUCUAUUUGUUUUGUAACAGGUUUCUGUAAAUAAAAAUAAUUUAUACUGCUAUUUAUAUGAAAAGUAAACUGUCUUGGCCUCUUUUCUAUAGUACUAUUUUCCCAAAAAUGACAGGAUUUACUAUUUAGCAUUUUGUUAUUUACAGGGUUCCCGUGGGGUCUUAAAAUCUAAAAGUCCUUAAAUUAAAUUUAAGCUCUCAAAAAUCUGUUAGAUCUCAAAAAUGUUUUACCUUCGUUCAUUUCCAGAAACGUUGGCCGCAGAAAUGUAUUACAACGUAGUAAAGAAGUAUUGAGUCGUAGCCUACAAAGCGGAGCUCUAGAGUCCAGUGUUCGAAUUACGGGGGGGCUUUGACCCCCCUAUUUAAGACUUGGGCCCCCUAUUUAAGACUUGGACACCCCAAAAGAGGUAAAAAGAACAGGUCAGGGGGGUUGCUCCAUUUAUUUAUCGUUCUUACCUAUAAUCGUAAAUAUUACUUAACACCCUGGAGAAGAAGCUGACACCCCCAAUUAUUAUUGUAUAAUUCGCACUCUGUUUCUAACCAAACUAGAGGAUCUUCCUGAGAUUAAGAAGUGUUUGGUGGACUGAUAAAACUGAUAAAAGGACCAUUUCUUUUUAGGCUCUUGGUUGAACCUUUCCUGGUGGGACAGUUGAGUACCUGGAAAGACCGUUGUGAGAGGGGAUCUGGACAGUCGGGGAGUGCGCUGCGUGGGCUUUCUGAGAUCUGGGCCCACAGAUGCGUUUGGCACUACUGUGCUUGUUUUGAACCCAGGUCGUUGUGGUGUAGGCCCUUGUUCUAAACCCACUACACCACAAAUUGUUACUAAUGUGAUUGCUUUAUCUGUAAAUUAAAUGAUACAUUUUCAAUGACUGAAUUCAUUGAAACAAAAA